AUGAAAAUAAUUGUAAAAAAGUUACAGGGCGGUGAAUGUUGCUUAGAGGUGCUUCCAACAACGCAUAUAUUGGAUAUUAAACGACAAGUUGAAGAAAAGUUAAAAAUACCAAGAGAAGAACAAAAGCUAUUGCUUUUAGGCAGAACUUUAGUCGACCAAAAAACAGUAGCUGCUUACCCCACAAUAAAAGAUGGAACUAAAUUAAACUUAGUUGUAAAAAAACCUGAAGGACUGUACGAAGUCUCCGUGAAGUAUUUUAAGAAGAUGGGUAUGACCGAGUCAGAAGCGACAUGUGCAGCUAUUCGCCUCCUAAAAAUUGUGCAAGACAAAUUGAACAAAUUGUCAUGGGAUGAUAUCGAGAGGUUAUCUAUGGACUGUUUGUUGGACGAGACAGGACAGGCUCGCACACCAAUCGAAACUGAAGCUGAAAGUGAUGAUGUUUACAGUUUGUGA